AUGUCGGCAGCUUUGAGGAGGACCCUUCAUCGUCAGGCUGUGAGGACUGUCGCAAAGAGGCAAAGACUUGAUGAGUUGGUGCAGCAUAUCUACGGGCCUAGACUUGCUGAUCAAUCCGGAAGUGACAGCAGUGACAGUGAUUCCAUUCCACUUCUUGAUUGCCAUGGUGAUGUUAUUGCUGAUGACGAAGGUUCUGAUGGUGUUGUUAUUGCUGAUGACGAAGUCCAACAUGACGAAGUUUCUGAUGGUGGUGUUGAUGAUCAUGAAGAUAGUGGUCGCUCGGAUUCAGAUGGCGUUGAAAGUGGUUCUAGUAGGGAGUCCAAUGUUGACCACGAAUCAAACAGUGGUGACGAUGUUGAAAGUAAUAUGAGUGACGGUAACCCGCAGUUUCAGAACAAUGAGGAAAGAGAGGAAUAUGUCAUAGAUGCUCUGCGUGAGUGGGCUCAGGAGCCAGGAGUCUUAUCAAUGUCGAAACUAGAUGCUCUGUUGCACAAGUUAAAAGUUGUGUUUCCCAAUAUGCCACUGUCCUACACCACCCUUUUCCAUUCAAAUUAUGAAUUUGACAUUUCAGAACUACCCUCUGGUGGAAAAUUGUGGUACAAGGGAUUUCGUGCCAAUUUAGACCAGUUAGAUUUGAAGGAUUAUCUUGUCAAGCACAAGAAAAUAGUGUUCGAUAUUGGUAUGGAUGGCCUUCCUCUAGUUAAUGUGAAGUUGUGGCCAAUUUUAGCUUACUUGAUUGAUAAAGAUAAUGACCCCUUUAUCAUUGGAGUUUAUCUAGGUUCUGAAGAUCCCAAAGAUGUAAAUGAAUUUCUGGAGAAGUAUUGUGGUGAACUUAAGCAUUUGCUUGAAAAUGGAUAUAGGAUUGGUGAUGACAUAUAUGAAGUGGAAGUGAGGAAUUACAUUCUUGAUGCUCUUGCUCGUUCUUUUGUCAAGUGCUGUGUUCGUCAUAAUGGUCAUGCUGGAUGCGAAAAGUGCUGUGUCUGGGGCGAGUACAUCAAUAAUAGAAUGAUUUUUGAGGACUUGGAUGCCCCUCUUCGCACUGAUGAAUCGUUUAAAAAAAGAGAACAACCAAGACACCACAGAGGUGACUCACCUUUAGAAGAUUUAAACACGCCUAUGAUCUCAGCUUUCCGGCUUGAUCCUAUGCAUUUGCUUUGGGCAGGAGUUGUUAAGCGUCUCUUAGACUUCUGGUUGAAUCAGAUUGGACCAUGGAAACUGCAUUUUGAGAUUGCUGGUCAUAUUUCAUCUGUGUUUGAUUUUCUCAGAAAAUAUUGCCCUGUAGAUUUUAAUAGGAAACCCAGGUCUUUGCAUUAUUUUAAGAGUUUCAAGUGCACUGAACUGCGGCGCAUAGCUCUGUAUGAUGGCAUCCUAGCUUUUAAAGAUUUGAUUGAUACAAAUAUUUACAAGCACUUUCUUCUUUUGCAUUGUGCAGUUUAUAUUCUCAGCAGCAAAAGUCUGUUUGCUGAAUUCAGAGAUUUAGCGAUUGAACUUUUGAGAACCUUUGUCUCUCAUUCACCUGCCAUUUAUGGCCAUAGUUUUGUGGUCUACAAUGUGCACUCAUUAAUCCAUCUGGUUCAGGAGUGUGACAGAGGCCUAACGCUGGAUGAGAUUAGUGCUUUCAAGUUUGAAAAUCAGCUUAAGACGAUCAAGCAGACUUUGAGGUCUGGUUUGCAUCAUCUCCAACAGUUAGCUCGCAGAGAUGCAGAAAAAAAAAGUCCUGUGGUCAAACUGUCUUCAUCUAAAGCAGCUAAUGUUGUUCUGUCUUUUAAGCGGCCUGGCUUUAACAAUAGGGUUCCUGGUCAGCAUUACCGGAGAGUAAAGUCUGGAAGAUUGUUGCUGAAACUUGGGAAGUCUGACAGCUGUGUGUCAUCUGUGCAUGGUGACAUCAUUGUGCUGAAGGAUAUAGUACUGAGACAGAGAAAACUUUAUUUAAUAGGUAGAAAAUUUCUAAAUGUGGAAGAUUUUUAUGAUUAUCCCAUACCCUCUUCUCAGCUUGGUAUCCUCAAGGUUUCUGAGCCAGGGCAUGAAUUAGUAACACUUCGCCUUCGUCAUAUCAAAAGCAAAUGUUAUCUUAUGCCAGAUGGUGACAAUUUUUUAUGUGCUCCCAUUCUUCAUACCAGAAAAUAG